AUGGGUCCUUUCCACGCCGUUCCCUUUUGGCAGGUCAACUGUCCUCGCCAUGAGUUGACCCCCGAGUGCCCCCCGUUUCUUGCCGGCCUCAGCGAAAAGGACCGCCGUAUUGUCGGCACGCCAGAUUCCGCCUUCAGGCUUCUGGCAUGGGAUGAGAUCUGCAGCAUCAUCCGAGAGAACCGGCUCGAGGCCUUCCAGAGAAUCCCCUCAGAGCUGAGGCGCUACAAGGCUUUCGCUUUCAAGCUGGCCAAGCAACACGGCAGCAUUGCCAGCUUCGUUCUGCAAGAACGACUGCGGUGGCAGGCCCCUAUCCAUCCGCGGGGGUCGCCUUUCCAGUACGCAGAAGACGUAAAGAUUUUGUGCAACGACUGGCCCUACGGCCUGGACAAGAGAGUCGUCCAUCUUGUUGUCUGGACCAAGUUUGAGCUUGAAAUCAACCCAACCUGCGGCGACCUGACGGACAAGGCGAGAGGAGAGAUUGACGCUUUUGUGAGCAGGACAUUCCGGACACGCGUCCCGGCAGAGAACGUUGUGUGGUUCAGGAACUGGGCUGCGCUCAAGUCCGUUGAUGCCGUGGAACACUUCCACGUGAUGAUGUACGAUGCUGACCCGGCGUUUGUUCGCGAGGUGACUAAUGGUGACGUGCCGUUUUCUGCUCAAGACGGCUUGUAA